GACGAUCUGAUUGAAGCCGUCAGAAGCCACCGCCUGGAGCAAGUCGAGGUUCUCUGUCGUGCUGGUGUUUCACUGUCUGCUGCCAAUUCCGAGGUCCUCUACGACGCUUGUCUCCACGGCACGCAGAUGAUCGGCACGCUAGCUUACAACCCCGCCCACAACUUCGCAGGCAGAGUUGCCAAUGCGUACGAUGACUAUAUCUUCCAUGCGGUGCUCAGAACGCCGGCUCGUGACUUUCUCCGGGACGAUAUCGCCUACCCACAGCCCGGACACGUACCUGGACACGUACGAAAAUUGGAUGUCAUCUGCGAUCUACUCACUAGGGGAGUGGAUCUCAGCUUGCGCGAUAGGAUUGGAGACACGAUUCUACACACCGUGUGUGGCGAUCUUGGCCCGCCCGACCUAGACAACGAGACUGAAGGGUACCCGCUCCUCAAACUCUUUCUUGGGCGUGGUGACGAUGGCCACGGAGAGGGCACCAGAGGCGCGUGCAUGUCUCUGAUCAACGCACAGAACAGCGGGUGGAUCAACGAGGAAGGCCAACAACAGAUAUUCUGGCAUACGCCUCUGGGCGUCGCAAUUCUGUAUAACAACCUUGCAUGCGCAAGACUGCUCUUGAAGAAUGGGGCUGAUCCGAACAUGCCUGGAGAAUGGGGCAGGCCGCCCAUUUACUUUGCUGUGCGCAACGACAGCCUCGCGGCUGUGAACUUGCUACUCGACGCUGGUGCCAAAGGCACCGCUCAGACGUACUCCCAGAUCCGCUCCAGCCAGGUGGAGGCCGCACUUCGGUCUCGAGGUAGGGCUGGGUAA